UCAUCAGUUUAUCGUGUUUAGUUCGGGUCCGAGCUCUCUCCUGCUUGCACUCACAGUCGCAGACGUUCAGCGUUGCCGGUUACGUCUUCUCAGGGUCUUCUCUUGCUUAAUUUUUCUUUAGGGUUUUUUCGCUCGUUGUUUCUUUUAUAUGUGGGGUUGCCAUUGUAAUUGAAUUAAUCGAAUCGUGUUCAGAAGUCGAAGUUUUUGAGCAAUAGGGGCUUGGGUUACUUCUAGUUUUGUAGAAUUCAAAUAUGCAGGGUGAUAUUAGAAAGUGGUUUAUGAAAUCUCAUGACAAAGGCAAUGGAAAUGCACCGAAGCCUGUGCAGCCUGCGCAGAGCGAUUUGAAGAAUCCUCCUCCAGCUGAGUCACUGUCUGAGCCGGUGAAUGGAGGCCAAGUAAGUUCAGGCAGAAGGAAAACCAGCAAGUAUUUUGCGGCAGACAAAACAAAGACCGAAGACAAAAUAGAAAUAGAGGAACCCUCAGUUAAGAGGAAAAUAAAGAAGGACAGUGGUGAAUCCCCAAAACCCCCUCCCUCAAAAAAGCUGCAUAAAGUUGAGGAUGACGAUGAUGACUUUGUGCCUGACACUAAGAAAAUUUCCAUUAAUGUUACUCCUAGUAAGAAAUUGAAGAGUGGUUCAGGUAGGGGAAUCACACCGAAACUUGUAGAUAAUGAUGGAAGUGAUGAAGAUAAUGUUAAGGAUCGUGAAUCUCCUCUUAAAACUGGUGGAAGGGGGCGUGGUGGUAGGGGUGCAACAGGGACACCAGCUGGUGGGAGAGGGCGAGGUGGUGGGCGAGGUGGCUUUAUGAAUUUUGGAGAUAGGAAAGAUCCUCCUCACAAAGGAGAAAAGGAAGUUCCUGAAGGUGCUUCUGAUUGUCUAGCUGGCUUAACUUUUGUGAUCAGUGGAACUCUUGACAGUUUGGAAAGAGAGGAAGCUGAAGAUUUGAUUAAACGGCAUGGGGGUCGCGUGACUGGAUCUGUCAGCAAGAAAACGAAUUAUCUUCUAUGUGAUGAAGAUAUCGGAGGAAGAAAGUCUGAAAAAGCCAAAGAACUUGGUACUGCCUUUCUCACAGAGGAUGGAUUGUUUGAUAUGAUACGUGCAUCGAAAAGUGAAAAGUCAACGACUGCACUAGAAGAGUCAAAGAAAUCUGCUGAGAAAUCAGUUGCAUCUUUGCCAAAGAAGAGCCCUAAAAAGGCGGAAAUUAAAAGCAACUCAUUGGCAACAAAUGUGGUCCAAAAAGGUUUAAGCUCAGAUACCUCCCUUGCAAAGCAGAAAGAAGUGAAGACACAAUGUUCUUCCUUGCCUUGGACAGAAAAGUACAGGCCAAAGGUUCCAAAUGAGAUGAUUGGGAAUCAAUCUGUGGUUACCCAACUUCAUAAUUGGUUGGCACAUUGGAAUGAGCAAUUUCUGAAUACUGGAAAUAAAGGAAAGGGAAAAAAGCAGAAUGACUCUGGUUCCAAAAAGGCGGUUCUGUUAAGUGGAACACCUGGUAUAGGGAAAACCACAUCAGCAAGGUUGGUUAGUCAGAUGCUCAGUUUCCAGGCUAUCGAGGUAAAUGCUAGUGACAGCCGUGGGAAGGCUGACGCUAAGAUCUCUAAAGGAAUUGGUGGAAGCAAUGCAAAUUCUAUUAAGGAGCUCGUAAGCAAUGAAGCCCUGACUUCCAAUAUGGAUAGCAUGUCAAAGCAUCAAAAAACAGUACUCAUCAUGGACGAGGUAGAUGGAAUGUCUGCUGGAGAUAGAGGUGGAGUUGCUGAUCUUAUUGCAAGCAUAAAGAUAUCCAAAAUUCCUAUUAUCUGCAUCUGUAAUGACCGCUACAGUCAGAAACUGAAAAGUCUUGUUAAUUACUGCUUGGCUCUCAACUUCCGGAAACCGACGAAACAACAGAUGGCAAAAAGAUUAAUGCAAGUUGCAAAAGGAGAAGGUCUUCAAAUUAAUGAGAUUGCUCUUGAGGAACUUGCAGAGAGAGUGAAUGGAGAUAUGCGCAUGGCACUAAACCAGUUGCAAUACAUGAGCCUCUCUAUGUCGGUUAUUAAGUAUGAUGACAUUAGACAGCGACUACUAAGCAGUAGGAAGGAUGAGGAUAUCUCACCAUUCGCGGCUGUUGAUAAGCUGCUUGGCUUUAAUGGGGGGAAGCUUAAGAUGGAUGAGCGGAUUGACCUUAGCAUGAGUGAUCCUGAUCUUGUUCCUCUUCUAAUACAGGAAAAUUAUAUCAAUUAUCGGCCAAGUUCGGUUGGUAAAGAUGACAAUGGGGUGAAACGUAUGAACUUGAUUGCCCGUGCUGCUGAGUCUAUUGCUGAUGGUGAUAUAGUGAAUGUGCAAAUUCGAAGAUAUAGACAGUGGCAGCUCUCUCAAACUGGAUCCUUGGCUUCUUGUAUCUUUCCUGCGGCAUUACUGCAUGGACAAAGGGAGACACUUGAACAGGGAGAACGUAAUUUCAAUAGAUUUGGUGGUUGGUUGGGCAAAAACUCGACAACGGGCAAAAAUUUAAGGCUUUUGGAGGAUUUUCAUGUUCAUUUUCUCUCUUCCCGUGAGUCUAAUGUGGAAAGGGUGACUCUUCGUCUUGAAUAUCUUACUCUUCUUCUUAAACGAAUGACUGAUCCUCUUCGGGCGCUGUCUAAGGACAAAGCUGUUAAGGAAGUUCUUGAGUUAAUGAAUGAAUACUCGAUAAGUCAGGAGGACUUCGAUGCUAUUGUUGAGCUAUCAAAAUUUCAUGGACAUACAAAUCCACUGGAUGGAAUACCACCAGCAGUCAAAUCAGCUCUGACAAGAGCAUAUAAUGAGGGAAGCAGAUCCAGGUUGGUAAAAGCUGCAGAUUUAGUCGCACUUCCUGGAAUGAGAAAGGCCCCUAAGAAGCGGAUUGCAGCGAUCGUAGAACCAUCUGUUGAUGAAUUAGGACAGGAGAAGGUUGAAACAUUGGGUGAAAGUGAAGAAGAAAGUUCCUCAGACACAGAGGACUCAGACACUGCCAAUGGAGAAAAGCUGCAGUCGGAAUUUCAAAGUUUAAGUUCAAAAGGAAUUCAAGUACAAGUGGAAUUGAAGGGCGCUGAUUCAAAGCCCAAAAAGAGAUCAGCAGGCAGAGGUAAAGGCGGGGCUGGCUCUUCACAAAAGACACCAUCAGGUAGAGGAAAAGGAGGAUCUGAAUCAUCAGAAAAGAAAGGUGGGCAGAGUUCAGGUGCUGGAGCCAAACGAAAGAGAUGAAGUGGAAGAGCCGAAGAGUAAUGGGGAGAUACGUAUAUAGCUUUGAAUUUUGUUUAUGCUCGUGCUAAAAGGUUUGCCUGCGCAUUAUUACCCAUUUUCUGUUCAGGGCUGGUGAGGGUGGUAGGAUAAUGUGGCAUCAAAACUAGCUCGAGGCACAUUUCCUUGCAUGUAAAUUUUGCUUUGGUUACUUUUUGAGCUUAAUAGAGGAGAGUUUCCCUCAUGUUUGAUUAAAACGCCUAGCACGUUGUGGCAGGGAGGCGGUUUCUGACAUGAUCAUAGACUGAAAAUUAUCAAUUUUUUUCAUUUUCUUCUGAUGAAGCUCAUUUUGCCUCUCUGAGACU